UUCGUUUUUGCUUUUCGUUCAUAUCACAUUAGAUACAACGAAAAAUGGAGCUACCAAUCUCAUCAAGGUUAACAGAGAGAUCGAAGAGAAGAGUGAGAGUUCUGCACGUAUGUUUAAUUGUUACGGUGAUAUGGAACAUGUUUGCCAUUUACAAAUAUUUUGUCGACCCUUUCGUACAAGACCCGUUCUUCAGGAGGUGGAAAUUUUUCAAAUAUUGGAUAACAAAUGAACCGCUGGUUGUUUUGUUUUCCUUAGUGUUCGUCUCACUCAACGUAUGCCUCUACAUCUGCACAGGGUUCAUGAUUAUAUCGCCGAUCGUGCGGACGCUGUGGGGUGUUUUAAAAAGGUACUUUCCUUGCCGUAUACGACGCCGCACGUGGUGUUUCUGUAACUGUUCGUGUAAAAGUUUGGAGAGGAUUUUGAAAGGCAUUCAUGACAGCCAUUGCGACUGGGAACCACAGAGACCGGACGUUCUGGACGACACUACUAAACGAUACAUAUUCUCCAUUCUUAAUGGUUGUAAAGAAAAACUUAACAUUGAAAACAUGCACUACAGACUAGUGGGAAGCUCUGCUGAAGGCUUGGGAAAGCCAUACACUGUAGAACUGAACAAAGGUUAUUUAGAUCCGUUAGGGAAGUUUCUUCUUAGGUUCUUUUGUUGUUGUUGUCCCUGCUCAACAGCCUAUACAAGUCUAAGGACUGAUUUUGAUAUAAUUAUAGAAUGUGAUAGCUCUAAUACAAAUAUAAAUACAUUCAAACUAGAACAUCUUAGAAGUGAGAACGAUACUCCAGGAUUUGUUCGUCUGCAAUGUGAAGAAACGCGGGAAAACAACCAUUUGGCAUUCUUAUGUAAAAACGUCUAUGCACACAAUUAUUUGUCGUCAGGCUUAGUCCGUAGUAAUAUAUCAGACAUAGUAAAUCAUACGUCAGAGAAUGAGCUUCCAUCUUCUCGUAUAUUUGGUAUUUUUAAGCAUCCUCCUGUCAUAGAACUCGAAGAGAGUGGCCCGGCUGUGAAACUUGUCACAUAUCCACUAGGUCAAGCCUGGUACUGGAAUGACGACCAGAAAGUCGUUUCUUUCGAGGGAGACAUUGUUUUUGGUAUUCACUAUCUCCAGGCAUGGCCUUCAUGUGCCGCUCGUUGGAGCAGCCGACCAAGGUUUUGGCCAUCAGCAAACGUUGUGAAGGAAAUUUUCCAGAGCGGAUUUAUUCUUGUUCCCAAACCGUCACAUAACCGGACAGACAUGGACGAUGAGAUUGAAUGGCAUAUAUCCUUUUCUCAUUGUGAAAUGUAUUUGAGCACGAAAAUUCCAAAGGUGGCGAAAGCAUGUUAUUUGGCGCUGAAGCUUGUUCUGAAAAAUCAUCUGGCAUACCACUGUGACAAUUUGAAGACUUACUAUUUGAAAACAAUUUUGCUGUGGGAACUAGAAAAACAUGCGGAAGAAUUCUGGAGCCUGGAGAACAUGGUUGAAUGUUUUGACUGUCUUCUUGACAGUCUUAUUAAGUGUGCAAACGAGAAGAAGUGCCCAAAUUAUUGGAUUGAGUCUCUUGAUUUGUUUGAAAAGAUGGACCGCAAGGACCUGAGCUCCCUAAUUGAUGUAUUUAGGAAGAUACAAGCCAAUCCUGCACCAUACAUAGAAGAUGUUGGAAGUAUGUGGUGUUAGGUCUCCGGCACUUAAAGCAUUUACGCCACUGAAAUAUAUGAUGCCGAGUCAUUAAUUUACAUUGAAGACUGUAUAAUAAGUUUAUGUUGCGAGCACACGAUUUCAAAGAUAUUAGAAGUAGAAUGAUUCUGAUAUUAACUCCAUAUAUUAUUUAUGUGUGUGUAAAAACCAUAUUUGAAUUCAUACUGGAAGAAUGUUAAAUUAUGUGAGCCCCGAAGCAUUUAAGAUAUUGAAACUCUGUGAUGUUAGUGUUUGUUGGGAGUAUAAUGUUGUCAUCCCCCUAUGCAUUGAAAUACAUGAAUUUUAAGAAUGUAAAAGUAGUCCCAUAUAAUGUAUUGAAAUAUUUAACAUUAGCAUCAUGUCAUUAUCAUUAUUUGUCUUCAAGCUUGGUCCAUAGUAAUAGAUAAGAUCGAUAGUAAUAUAUAAGAUAUAGAGUUAGUCUCUGUGAUGAAAAUGUCUGGAGAAUGGGAUGGUAUCCCUCAAGCAUUGAACUAUCGGACAUAAAAUGAUGCCUUGUUAAUCUUCAUGAUGAAAAUGUCAGGAGAAUGGGAGGUAGCCAUCAUGCAUUGUGAUAUUGAAAGAAUGUGGUGUUAAGGAAAUAUGUGUUAUUUGUUGUACCCUAUACUGGCAUACUAUUACACUGAAGAUACAACAGGAACUACUUCUGGUGUUGGACUUAAAACAAUACAGCCAAACUUCAUUUGCUCCAACUCGGAUAAUUCAUACACCACCCUUCAUUCAAACUCAUCCUCAGGUCCUGGCAAAAUAUGUAUAUAAUGUAUAUUUUUCGAUAGCUCGAACUACGGUUACUACUGAUAACUCAAAUUUAUCUUGUCUCGUUGAGUUUGAGCAAACGAAGUUUGACUAUAGUGAUAGUGUAAGUAUGUCAUAAGAACCUAAUUAUUUUUAAUACUCGAAACAACAAAGGAAACACCGAGCUAUAUGCUCUACAUUGAAUUUUAUUCAACACAAUAAAUAAUAUAUAUAUGUAACAAUAUAGAACAAAUGACUCAUUGAGAUGUAUUUUUAAACAUAAUAUAAAUACAGCAGUAUCUAAGAUUGGGUUUUGUUGGCCGCUCAAAAAAGAAAGUAGAAUUGUUCAACCGAAAGGAGACCAGGCGCGUCAAAGCAAUACAACAUAACUAUAGGGCUAUAAUUAACAGUGAUACCAAACAACUUCGAACUGACACUAACACCACUGAACGAUACGGUAGAACUGAAGUACGCCAGAACCGAUGGCUGUGCACUGCAACGACGGAGCCAGUGGUGCCACAUGUCAGGGACCGACCGCCCGCAGGUAGCUGUAAACGGUCGGCAACUAACAUGCAGACCCCUGCGUGAAGGUAAGCACAUAGUUGCAUGCAAAGGGUAGUACACCAAAAGAGGAUGGAUGUGCCUUGCAACGACGGAGCCAGUGGUGUCACACGACAGGGACCGACCGCCCACAGGUGGCUGCAAACGGCCGACAACUAUCGUGCGGACCACUGCAUGAAGGUAAGCACAGUUGCAUGCAAAGGGUUACUGUUUAACAGUGAAGCACCGAGUAACGUGGCAGAUGUACACAAGUACACCAAAAGAGGAUGGCUGUGCAUUGCAACGACGGAGCCAGUGGUGUCACACGACAGGGACCGACCGCCCGCAGGUUACUGCAAACGGGCGGCAACUAUCAUGCGGACCACUGCAUGAAGGUAAGCACAUAGUUGCAUGCAAAGGGUUGACAACGCAAUACAUAAAGCAAUACCAGCAAUACCAACUAGAUUUCGCCUAACACUAGGGCAAAACCUAUUCAACCCGAGCCACCUAGCCACGAACUUGAUUUGAAAGCAAUACGCCAAAGUACGGUGCUUAGGACGGGAUAUGGCAUUUAGCCUAGCUUUACAGCAAUAACCUGACGCGCCUGAUCGCCCCUCGGUAUGCACAAUUUGAAUUUUUUCCAUGACAAGAGCGACAUUAUAAAGAAAGGAAAAUAAAUAAAUAAAAGCAAUAAACGUGA